AUGGGUUUGCCAUGCAAACACAUGUUAGCUGCCAGAAGAAUUAAAGAAACAUCUGUUUUUUCUGAACUCGGUGUUGCUUCAAGAUGGUGUAAACAACAGUUGUAUCAAAAGCAUAGAAUUUUCCAAUCACCUGCUGUUCAAGAGAGUCAUGUGGCUGUGUCAUUGCUUAAGGACAGACCCUUAACGAAUGCAGAAAAGUUUUGUCGUGGUAAUCGUCUUCUUCAGCGUUUAGCAGAAUUAGUUGCUGAUGGGGGUAUGUCACAAUAUGGUAGCAGAAUGAAACUUCUUGAAGACUUAACCAACAUCUGGAGUGCCAAUCGUGAAGCCAGAGUUAUUGCAGUUGAUUUUAAUUAUGAUCAAAGCACUUCUUCUACAAAGGAAGUAGUUAACAUUCCUGCAGCUGAAAAACUACUUGAUGACAUUGAUUUCACAAAAGUAAAUACUUUAAUAUCCAAAGUAGAUAGCGUAGAUAGAUCAUCUUUAUUAAUAAAUCAAGUCAGGGAAGAAUUUAAUGAAAAUACUAAUCAAGUCAUGACUACUCAGUUGGAAAAAGAAUUUAAUGAAAAUACUCAAGUCAUGACUACUCAGUUGGAAUACGGAAACGAUCAUCCUAAAAACAAUACUUUAGAAGUUCCUUCAACUUCAAAUGAAGUAAAUAUUAAAAAACUGAAAUUUCCCUCAGCAGUUCUAUGUCGUGGAAGGCCAAAAUUAAAAGUAAAAAAAAAUGCGAUUGGCCUGCGCAUUCUGCAAAAAAAUCAUUGUGUACCAUUUCAAAUGAAGUCGAUUCCAGAAAAAGUGGAAAUUUCACAUAGUGAAGAAGAAACACCAAAGGGUCUGCUGGUUGUUAAGUUUACUAAGUUAUUUCUUGAAAGGUGUUUACUAAAAGCUCCACCAUUUUUAUGGCCAUAG